CCUGUUCCUGUCCCGGGGGGCCGAUCCCGAGGUGCGGAACAAGGAGGGCGAUUCCCCCCUGGAUCUGACCCCGGAGCGCUCCGAGGUCUGGGUGGCUCUGCAGCUCAACCGGAAACUGCGGCUGGGGGCGGCCGGGCGCGCCCUGCACACCGAGCGCAUCGUCAGCAGGUGGGAAAACCAGCUCAACCGGAAACUGCGGCUGGGGGCGGCCGGGCGCGCCCUGCACACCGAGCGCAUCGUCAGCAGGGACGUGGCCCGCGGGCACGAGAACGUUCCCAUCCCGUGCGUGAACGGCGUGGACGAGGAGCCGUGCCCGCAGGAUUACAAAUACAUCGCGGAGAACUGCGAGACCUCCACCAUGAACAUCGACCACAACAUCACCCACCUGCAGGUACCGGGGGGCUGGAAGGAAUUUUGGGG